AUGAGUGAAAUGAUGAAAGCUCUCCAUCGACGGAGAACAACUUCCAGGCACAUCUACAAGAUCGCUCUCUUCGGGGCGACGGGAAAGACGGGCAGCCUUUUUCUCGAAAAGGCGCUGCGAAACAAUCACACGAUCACGUGCUUCGUGCGCAACAAGGAAAAAUUAGAGCGACAAGUGUCCAAAUACAAACGAGAGGUGAAAGAGCGUGCCAAACAGUAUCUCACCAUCAUCGAGUGCGAUAUUUUUGACCCGGCUGCCGUGGGCAAAGGUCUCUCAGGCAUCAACGUUGUCCUCAGUACGCUAAAUUUUCAUCGACGCAAUAACAAAGGAUGGAACAUCGAUCUCUACCAGAAAUGGAUGAAAAUGAUUGUCGAGGUGAUGGCCGAACGCGACGUCUUCAACAUCAUCGCUCUCAUGUCUUGGUAUACAGACGAUAAAGGAAGCGAGAUAAAGGGUGGGCUUUCUGGUUGCGGAGCGCGAUUUUUCCUCCGCCACCUUAUCGGCCAUGUUUUGGAGGACAUGAAUGCGGCUGUCGAGGUUCUCGAAAAAAGUGAAAAUUUGCACUGGAAUACGAUCCACGCGCCUGGACUCAGAAAAGGCGACCGCCUUGAAAAGACGAUCAUCUCGAACGCAUCUGAUCGAGUUCAAGCGAUCAUAGAUAAAUAUCCUUUUUACAAAACACGCUAUCAUACGAUGAGAUUCGCCGACGUUGCCUGCUAUCUACUCGAUGUAAUAGAAAACAAAGUCAACUUACCGGAGAAUAGAAAAAUCGCAAUUUCGUAUCAACACAACCUCGCCGAGCCCGAAUUCAACACAUUGUGA